UUUUAAAGAGACUCAGUGCUUUUACUUUCAUUUUUUGACUAGACUAUGCGCAAUAGGCUACGCGAUAUGCAUGUUUUAAUUUGACACACAAGAUAACGAUUAUUGUAAUUUGGGUUCUCUUUGGUUUGGAAGAACGAAGGAGAAAAUACAUAAGUAGAUCAACGGAGCAUCGCCGUUUGAAUCUGCUCUAACAGAAACCAAGGUUGACAUGAUGGGAUGCUAUUUUGUGCCAACUCUUUUUAUUUUCCUCGUUCAUGGUGUUUUUGGUGAGGAUGUGGUGACGGUGAUGGAGGGAGAUACAGUCACUCUACACACUGAUAUCAACAAAAAAGAACAUGACAAGAUGCUGUGGUAUUUUGAAGACACUCGCAUAGCUCUGAUCAAUGGACAUCCCAAUAUGAGCUGUUUAUAUGAUGGUGAAGACGGGAGAUUCAGAGACAGACUGAAGGUGGACUAUAAGACUGGAUCUCUGAUCAUCACAAACAUCACAACUGAACACGCUGGACGUUAUGAAGCAGAGAUCAUCAGAAGCGAGAGUUCAGGCAAAAGGCAAAGUUUGAACAGAAACCGAAGGUGUGACAGCAAAAAAAUCACCAAAAAAAUCAGCAUCAGUCAUGAUGAUACCAUGAAGACUGUAACUUUCAAUAUGAUCGUCAUUGCUGCUCUGUCUGAUCAAGUCAAAACCGACGAAGAGCCCCGUAUGGAGAAGAGGGAGUUUGACUUGGAUUCAGGUCUGUCUUCAGCUGCUGUAGCAGGAAUAUGUGCUGCUGUUCUGCUGCUGGUGACUGUUGUAGCUGCUGGUGGUGGGAUUUACUAUCGCCGCAGGAGCUCCAGAAAUGCAGACAGGGACAAAAACAAGUAUGAAGGACUACUGCCCAAAUGAGAAGGAGAAAGACAGU